UAUGUAUAUUCGGGGCUUCAAAAUCUGCGGUACGACGUUGUAUUCAUGCGCUACAAUAAACCUUGCAACAGACGGGGUUUCUGACAUGGUAUUUCUGUAAUCCAACACACAGAAUAACAUACAUAGCUCCAGAGCAGUUUUGGAUUUUUUGAGCGUUGGUUUUCAUUCUAAGACUUCCCCAUUUGCGAUCUCAAUCAUUGUAUUCACAAUGUUCAAAACUCCAGACUACCAAAUAAACGAGUCGUACGAGCUGACGGACCGACGAAAGGCGUCUGAGGUUCUGAAACAAGACAUAGACAAGAACGAAAAUUCCAGAAAAGAAAGAAUCGCAAAGAGGGAUGUAGCAGAUUUGGCACGCUUGGGAAAGCGCCAAGUUCUCAAGGUCCUUUCCACUGUAAUCGAUCACCAAACGAAUCACUGACGCGCAACAGCGGAACUUUACUUAUCUGCCGAUCCUGAGUUUUGCUUGCACUGUAAUUAUUACUUGGGAAGCUACCUUUCUGUAUGUUUUACCCAGAGCAAUUUUCUGAGUCCUGCUGACACCAGCAUAGUACCCUGGGACUUUGUCUACCAAAGUAAGACCAUCGAUAUCAACUAAAUGAGGAGAAACUAAACAAGAAAUCAGUGGUGGACCUGCGGGUACAAUCUAUGCCUUCAUAUUAACUUGGGCGGGAAUGCUCUGUGUUUUCACAACAAUUGGGGAAAUGGCUUCCAUGUACACUACUUUAUUGCAACCCAAACGAGAAGAGAAGCUCACAUUUCUUCAGCGCCCCAACCAGCGGUGGCCAAUACUACUGGGUAGCAAUGCUCGCACCAAAGUCAUAUCGAAGAUUUCUGAGUUAUAUCACAGGUAAUCAUUGCAGAUGAGCUCCACCUUAAGAUGUUUGUUCCAAGCUCACAAGAUAUUGUAGGUUGGAUUACCUUGAUUGGCUGGCAAGCUGUAGCAGCAUCAACAGUAUAUAUUUGUGCAACAAUCAUUCAAGGCCUUAUUGUCCUGGCGCAUCCAACACUUGUGCCAACACUUUGGCAGGGUGUACUACUAAUAUGGGCAAUGGUGGCCUUCACAAGUAUGUCAAUUCUUAAUCUUCAUGCACGUGUGUAUAGACUAAACUCUGAUAGUCUUCUUCAAUACUACCUUAGGCAAUCUCCUACCACAUGUGGAGGCCCUUGGCAUGAUUCUCCAUAUUGUGGGCUUUUUCGUCAUUCUCGUCCCAAUGAUAUACCUCUCCGCCCAUGCAGAUGUAAAAGUUAUCUUUACGACCUUUAGCAACAAAGGCGGGUGGCCGACACAAGGAGUGGCAUUCAUGACAAUUCUCAGCGGUGCCGUCUUUGACUUCCUCGGUUCAGAUUCUGUCAUUCAUAUGGCGGAGGAGACACAAAACGCCGCCAAGGUCUCGCCGAAGAGCAUGUUUAUUUCCAUCAUCUUCAAUGGAGUCCUAGGAAUCGCAGCCUUGAUUGCUCUGCUGAUUUGCGCUGAUGAUCUCGAUGCGGCUCUCAAAUCACCUAUUGGACACCCAUUCAUUGCUAUAUUUCUACAAACAACGCAAUCAGUGGCUGGUGCGAUGCUUAUGAGCGUUGUAAUCUUUCUAAUGCAGAUGUUUGCAGCCAUCGGUAUCAUGGCAGCAACUUCUCGUAUGCUUUGGGCCUUUGCCAGAGAUCGCGGCGUACCGGGCUGGAGGACGAUGAUCAAAGUAAAUAAAAUCCCACUAGAGCUCUUUGAGUAGCGCUAACAUAUGACCUCCAACUCACUAGGUUGAUGGCAAAAACCAUAUCCCCAUGUACGCUAUUGCCGUCACAGGUCUCACAUCUUGCCUCCUCGCCUUGAUCAAUCUUGCAGGUCCGAUCGUUUUCAACGAUAUCGUAUCCCUUACAGUCUCCUCGCUCCUACUUUCAUAUUUACUAGUGUGCUCGUUCCUAUUGUGGCGCCGGUUGACAGGCUAUAUGUCUUACAACCCGCCCAUUUCACAAAAGAUCAUUAUUGGGGAUGAGAAUUCGGUGCCAGAACUCAGUUGGGGUCCCUGGCACUUGCGUGGUGCUCCUGGUCUAUUCGUCAACAUCUUAUCGUGCGCAUUUCUCGCUGUAACUGUUUUCUUCAGCUUCUGGCCACCAGAAGUCAACCCCACAGCGAAAACAAUGAACAUGAGUGUGUUGAUGUUUGGGGGAACCACUCUGUUUGCCAUCAUUUGGUAUGUUGUUCGAGGGAAAAAGACGUAUGAAGGACCUGUUAUCGAAUUAGAACCGGAUGCUUAGGAGCGAGGUCUCAGCACUAUUAGAGAAGUGUUCAAUACUCUGAAGAGAACUAAUUCUCGAGAAUGGUAUUCUCAGGGUUAUUCUAAAAUUGUCGCACAACCGAAUCAGUUUUACGAACUGGUCAGGACAAUUGUUAAAAUUUACUUCCUUUCACUUGGUUAUACCAGGAUAAUU